ACUCCACCCACCUCAUCGAGGCCAAACCACCAGAAAAAUGGCCAGGAGGCGAUCGACGGGGAGAACUUCGGGUCCCGUCGCAGUCGACAUCGACAUCAACGGAAUCCCGAGCCUGACCCGAUUGGAGCACGGGGAUGGGGAAUCGAUCAUUGGUGCUGGGGCAAUGGGGCUUGUGCCACCUAGCGAACGCUUUCUGCGCCGCGGGGCUUGUGCUAUCAAGGUGCUCGACGAAAUUUCGAACCGAACCUUGACUCUCUCAGACUCAGCAGUGCACGCUCCAGAGGCGAUCGACACAAUGUCUGAGCGGAGCCGCCGUCUCUGGCGUGCCCGGUAUUGGUAGCUCCGUUGUGGGCUUCAUGGUGGCCGCGACCAUUUCCAUGCGGGGAGCUCCGAAGACAGGAGAUGUUUGUUGCAGAUCAUGAGUGAGGCGUUCAUGGAACACCUCUGAUAAUUCCAGUGACUUGAGCAGCGAUGGUGACACAGGCUGUGAUCUACUGAUCAAGAUGUACAUCACUCUAGGCUGAACCAUCUUUGAGCACUGCGAUCUCUUCCGGUGCGCAGGUCUUCGCCCGUGUACCAUUCUCAUCUCCACUGCACUUCUUCCUGUUCACACCAAACAACCAAGAUAUCUUUGACCGCUGGCAGUAUGUUGGGUUGUUCAGUUGGCCGUGCUUCUGUCCAUCACUCACUCCUCAUGCCAUGAUUGAGGGCGGCUCACACAUGCAGCCUCAGCCAGGUAACGGUCGCACGGCGAACGGCGAGCAGCCUGAGCCGGCCGCCAUACCGAUGAACGGCGUGGCUGCUUCGGGACCAGGCAAUGGUCAGACGGCAGAUGAAGCAGCCGACAGCGGAGAGGCGGAAGAUAUCGAGGCAGCCACCGACGUCAACGGGCAAGGUUCAUCCAGCAGGUCAGCAGUAGCCAGUAGCCAUGAAUCCCGUAUCAAGGGUGAUUUCGAGUUCUUGUGGAGGUUGCGGAAGUAUUUGCUACUUCUGGCAGUGUUGGCCGUUGGUGUCACUUACAAUGCUGGGUUGAGCCCGCCGGGGGGAUUCCAGAUGGACGACAAACUUGACCGCCAUGCCGGUGAUCCUCUCCUCCCACUUAGAUUCUUCCGGCGAUACCAAGCGUUCUUUUACUGCAACGCCACAGCCUUUGCUGCUUCCCUAGUCUUGAUCAUCUUGCUUCUGAGUAGGGGAGUGGCGAGUAAGCAUGUCUGGCUUCGCUCGAUGCAGUUUACCAUGAUACUGGAUCUUUUCAGUCUUAUGGGGGCAUAUGCUGCGGGGAGUUGCAGAGCACUGAGGUCUUCCGUUUACAUAUUGGUGCUGGUCUGUUCUGUUUUCGUCUAUGUUGGGGUUCAUAUCCUGUUGUUCAUGAGGGUAGUUCCACAGCCGUUAAAAGAACAGGUGCAGAAAACCCGGCGUCUCAUUCUGAAGAAGCUGCAACGCAUGCUAAAUAAGGUGCCAUCUAUGUGCUCUGUCUCUGAUUCUGACGGGCAAAGGAGCAGCCGAGAUCACAAAAGGGAAAUCGAGGAGGCUCGCAAGUUCAUAUUGAUGCUUGCAACCUUUGCUGCUACUAUCACAUACCAAGCUGGGAUAAGUCCACCUGGUGGCUUUUGGGGUGUGAAUGAUCAUGGGCACCGCCCAGCUACUUUUGUUCUCCGCAAGCACAACCUCCUCCGCUUCAAUAUUUUCACUUGUUGCAAUGCGACCUCUUUUGUGGCGUCUUUGGUCACAGUCAUACUGCUUCUGAGCACGGAGCUGAGCACGCAUGGGAUAAGGACUCAAGCGCUAUUUGUGUGUGUCCUGGUUGAUCUGCUUGGGCUCAUUGGUGCUUAUGCUUCAGGGAGCUGCAGGGAUGUUGCAACAUCAUUGUCAGUGGUACUCAUAAUUUCUGUGGUUCUAAUCUGUGUUGUGAUUCUUGUUAUCUGUCUUCAUUCCAAAACUGUAACAGUGUGGAUGGAUAAGUCGCUGAAGCCAGCAUUUGAGAAAGUGCUCAGUAUGCUGUCAUUGCCCGGGCAGGAUGACUCUCCAAGAACUCACCAGCAAUGUACAGAGCUUCAUUGCCAGAGAAAUCGCCAUCAAGAUACACAGCUUGAUUCUCAGAGAACUCACCAGCAAGAUACAGAACUUGAUUCUCAGAGGAUUCACCAACAUGAUACAGAGCUUGACUCCCAGGGAACUCAGCAGCAAGAUACAGAGCUUGACUCUCAGAGAACUCAGCAGCAAGAUACAGAGCUUGACUCUCAGAGAACUCAGCAGCAAGAUACAGAGCUUGAUUCUCAAAGGAUUCACCAACAUGAUACCGAACUUGAUUCUCAGAGGAUUCGCCAGAAAGAUACAGAGCUUGACUCUCAGAGGAUUCGCCAGCAAGAUACAGAGCUUGACUCUCAGAGAACUCAGCAGCAAGAUACAGAACUUGAUUCUCAGAGGAUUCGCCAGCAAGAUACAGAGCUUGACUCUCAGAGAACUCAGCAGCAAGCUACAGGGCAUGUAGUUCGAGAUACAGAAGUAGAAGGUGGCAUGUCUAAUUUGCAAUUCCAUCCUGCUGACAGCAAUCUUGUAUCAACUGGAGAUGUGAUAUCUGCAUCAGCCAGUGAUUUGAAUAGCAUGGAGGACAUCAUGUCUACAACGCUACAUCAAUCUCAUGAUCAGAGUGAGCAAGCUGCAACUAAAGCUGUAUGCUCAUCAUCAACAAAUGCCCUAACUACCGAGGAAGUUCCCAUGUACAACAUUGAAACACAAUCUGCUUGCAAUCGUCAGGUUGCAAUCCCCAUGGCACUACCUUCAUCAAGUGAUGGUCGAAAGUCUAUCCAGGGUAUUCUACCAUUGCAGGGCUUGGUGGAUCAAAAUGGAGCAUCUGGUAACAGGAGGAUAAAUGCUGAUGAUCCGGCUAUGGGAUGUGAAUUACCCGACAGCCAUGGGGACAGCACAGAACAGAAUUCUCAGCCAAUGUCCAAUAACUCUACUGGUGCAGAUGAUGAUGAGGUUAGAUUAGAGAUCGACAGAACUACCAAUGAUCAAGCCACACGGCAUCAGAGAAGUAUUUACUGCAGCUGUAGAAAUCCAGAUGAUGCUCGUCUGAAGAAGUCACGCACUUACCUAUUGCUUCUUGCGAUUCUUGCCGUGUCUUUGACAUAUCAAGCUGGUUUGAAUCCACCAGGUGGCUUCUGGACAUCAAAUGCCACUAAGCAUUCUGCUGGUGACCCUAUUCUUGGGGACAGUGGUGGCUUCUGGACAUCAAAUGGCACUAAGCACUCUGCUGGUGAUCCCAUUCUUGAGGACAGUUAUCAUAAGAGAUACCUGGCCUUCUUUUAUUUCAAUGCCACUGCAUUUGCAGCCUCCCUUGUCAUGAUCGUUAUGCUCCUGAGCAGCAAGAUGAGCAACAAGGUUAUAAAACGCCGGGCACUACAGACAGCAAUGAUAACUGAUUUGCUUGCUCUAAUGGGAGCCUUUGUUGUUGGGAGUUGCAGGGAGAAGACAAAAUCUAUUUACAUAUCAGUGGUGAUAUUUAUUGUGGUUUUAUAUGUUCCUCUCCAUGUUUUAGUGUUUAGGCACAAUGGAUGGUUGAAAGACUGUGUUGCCCAGAGGAUGAAGUUUGCACAGCCAAAAUCACUUCAGACAGAUAAUGAGUUGAGAGAUGCUAAUGCGAAGGACUUGGAGCGGAGGCGGAAUUUGCUCUUUAUUCUUGCUAUUCUGGCAGCAACUGUCACGUACCAAGCUGGCCUGAACCCUCCAGGAGGCAUUUGGCCGGAUGAGAACAGUAAGGGUGGCACACCAGGCAAUCCAGUUCUUCAAGAUAGCCACCCAGAUCGCUAUGAUGUUUUCUACUACUCGAACGCUGUCUCAUUUGUGUCAUCUGUGUCUGUCAUCAUUCUGCUUGUUAAUAGGGAAUCAUGUGAGGAUGGAAUCAAGUCAUACGCAAUUCGUAUGUGCUUGGUAGCGGGUUUGCUGGGUCUCCUGGUUGCUUAUUCUGCAGGAACCUGCAGGAAAGCGAGACCGGUAAUAUAUCUUAUUGUCAUAGCCUCUGCAGUUCUAACAUGCCUUGUGAUCCAAUUCCUUAUACUCUCAUCAACACAAGAUGCAUUAGAUGGGCCACUGACCUGGUUAAGAAAAUGGUUGCGGAAGAUUCUUCAUGUAGAGUCCGACUCUGAGACACCGCUGGACAGUUCAGAUGAAGAAAAGAAGGAAAGUAAUUCUCAGGGGUCAGGCCCCCAUACCAGUGAGAAGAAGGAAAAGAAGAGACAAAAGUACUUGAUGCUUCUUUCGGUUCUUGCUGCAUCCAUUGCAUACCAAGCCGGUCUAAACCCGCCUGGUGGCUUCUGGCCUGAUGACACUCCCGGUGGUUACAAGGCUGGCAACCCGGUGCUCAAGGACAUACACUUGUGGCGCUACAUGGUAUUCUUUGUCUUCAAUUCCAUCUCCUUCAUGUCAUCUAUCGCCGUAGUCAUGCUUCUGCUGAGUAAAUCUGUGAGACAGAGGAAGGUUCCGCUGCAAGCAUUGCACUUCAUCAUGAUACUGGACCUGCUGGCUCUGAUGACAGCUUAUGCAGCUGGAAGUUGCAGAAAGUUCAGGACUUCAAUAUUUAUCUUGGUGGUAGUAUGCUGUGUGCUGGUGUACCUUGUGGUUGUUAUUAUCUUGUCAAGUGGCAUAGCAAGAUGGCUGAAAAAACAGAAAAGGAAGGUGACUUCCUUGCUGGAGCCUAGCCCUGUUGCUGCAACUUCAGCAUGAUACUGGACCUGAAUGGAAUGUUUGAAUAUCUUUCUUCUCCCCAUUGUACUUCCCAUAAAUUUCUCAGCUGUAUGCUUUUAUCCAGGAUAAAAACAUUUAUGUUCUUUGUUCUUGAAGGAAUAUUUUGUAUGACAGA